UAUUUUAUUUAAAAAAAAAGAAGAACAAGAAGAAGCAUUGUUGUACAUGACAAAAGUAAACACUGCGACAUUACAAAACUCUCACAAGUCAGUGGCAUGCUUUUAGUUUGGAACUCUUCGUCAUUACAAAGACAUGAAGAAAAGAUUUAACAUCAACUUGGACGACUCAGCGUUCACCAAAGAAAGGACACCGCCAAAGCCGCAGUUUCAGUCUUCAUUGAAAGGAGGACAAAACGCUUCAGCUUCAACUUCAGCAAGUACUUCUUCUGAGCCUGUGGACAAGCCCCUGUCAUAUGCAGACUAUGUCGUCCAAAGUAAACGCAAUGUCGCUGCCCCUCCUCAGACAGAGGGCUCCUCUAAAGUGUCCAGGACAGAAAGUGUUACCGAUCUGAAGCAAACAGAGGAUUCAGGAGGAUGUGACACUGUUCAGGACCUUGCUAAAAGGACAGAAGGCGGGUCUGAAGGAGUUAAGGAGACGCUGAUGGCUGGUACAGAGCAGAGAGAAGGGAACCUACAAGGGUCAGAUCCAUGCCUCAACAUUGGUCCAAAGCAAAUUGGGUCAGGUAGCAGCAUUAUUGUCAGUCCUCGACAGAGGGGAAAUCCUAUUCUGAAGUUUGUGAGGAGUGUUCCUUGGGAGUUUGGAGAUGUUGCACCUGACUACGUUUUAGGCUUGACAACUUGCGCUCUUUUCCUCAGUCUAAGGUAUCACAAUCUGAAUCCAAACUACGUUCAUGACCGUCUCAAACAGCUUGGACAGACCUUCACUCUGCGAGUGUUACUCGUACAAGUAGAUGUGAAAGAUCCUCAUCAUGCGUUGAAGGAGCUUGCUCGCAUUUGCAUCAUGGCUGACUGCACUCUCAUCUUGGCUUGGAGUCCAGAGGAGGCAGGGCGUUACCUGGAAACAUACAAGUCAUAUGAAAAGAAGCCAGCAGACGUACUGAUGGAGCAAGUUGAGAAAGACUAUCUGUCAAAGGUUACAGAUUGCCUGACCACUGUGAAGUCAAUAAACAAGACUGAUGCCAUAACCUUGUUGUCCACUUUCUCAUCUGUGGAAGGAAUCAUCAGUGCUUCUAAAGAAGACUUGGUUCUCUGUCCGGGCCUUGGACCACAAAAAGCAAAGCGGCUCUACGACGUGCUGCAUAAACCCUUCCUCAAGUCUAAGACAAAAUAAAUCUGAAACUUACUACCAAGACUGAUGACUGAACAUGAUGAACAGCAUUCAAACACACUCCACAAGACUGAACAAAAAGUUCCUACACUCUUCGUCUACCUGUUGUUUACUCUCAGGAUGAGCUCUUCUGUUGUUAGUUCUGUUAAAUCUGUUAUUGUAGAGCUAUUGUGUGAUACUGUUUGUUCAUUGUUGAAUAUAUUUUUCUAUGAAAAUAAACCUUUGUAAUAUUAAA